AUGGCGACUCCUCCCAAAAAGAUGAUGCAGUUGAAUUUCUUUGACGCCGCCUGCACAGGAAGCCACACUGCGAUUGGACAAUGGAAAGACCCUGAAGAUAUUGGCAGGAAGAAGGAUCGCUUGAAUUAUUGGCUCUGGCUGGCGAAACUCGCGGAGAAAGGGAAAAUCACUUCUAUCUUUAUCGCUGAUAGUUAUGCUGGACACAAUAUCUAUGGCGGUUCAGCUGACGCUUCCUAUAGGGGAGGUUCUCAUAUUGGAAAACUUGAUCCUUUGAUGACUAUUUCGGCUAUGGCAGCUGUAACAAAUUCUGUCUCAUUCGGAAUAACUGCAAGCACAUCAUAUAUCCCACCAUAUAUACUCGCACGCACAUAUUCUUCGCUCGACCAUCUUACAAAUGGGCGUGUUGGUUGGAAUAUUGUGACAAGUCAUAGUAAUUCGGCCGCCCAAGCGAUGGGCCAAGAUCAAGUGAUGCCGCACGACGAAAGAUACCUCGCAGCAGAAGAGUAUAUGGAUAUUGUAUACCAAUUGUGGGAGAAGUCGUGGGAAGAUGGUGCCCAGGUUUGGCAAGAAGAGCCAGAAAUGGCAUACGACCCUAGCAAAAUUCACAAAGUCGAGUACGACGGUAAAUACCACAAAAUGCACGCUUUUCACCAGACCCACCCAUCGCCACAGAGGACGCCUGUUUUGUUCCAGGCUGGGUCCUCGAAAUCUGGCAUCGAAUUCGGCGGGAAACAUGCCGAAGCAAUAUUCUGUGCCAAUCCAACAAUUGAGUCCACAAAGAAGUACACUACAGCUGUACGUGCGAAAGCUGCCGCUGAAGGCCGUGAUCCGUCUUCGAUCAAGUUCUUUUUAGGAAUCAUGCCAAUUCUAGGGCGCACCCAGGAAGAAGCAGAAGCCAAGCUUGCAACUGCCAAAGCCCGACUUAGUAUCAAUGGAGGACUCGCCCGGUUCUGCGGCUUUACAAACGUGGACUUAAGUGCUUAUGAGGUUGAUGAGGAGUUUGAUUUUGCUGGGAAGCAUCAUGAUAACUCCAUUCAAGGUGUUAUUGAUAAUAUCAAGCUGAUUGGAACCGAAAAGGUGUUCACUCCAAGGGUCGUGGCUGAGAUGUUUGCACUUGGAGGCUCAGGUCCACGACCAGUCGGAACAGCUGAAACGGUGGCUGAUUUCUUCGAGAAAUGGUGGAGAGAAGGCGACAUUGACGGUUUCAAUCUCAAUUACGUGACCAGUCCUGGUAGCUUCGAGGAUAUCGUAGAACUGCUCAUCCCUGAGCUGCAGAAAAGAGGCAUAUAUUGGACUGACUAUGCGGCCCCUGGGGGAACAGCGAGAGAGAACUUGCAAGCUGCUCCAGGACAACCAUUCUUGCCUGAAUCACAUCCUGGACGGAAGAUAGAGUUGAAUGCAAAGAAGUCACAGAUGGAAGAGCCACUAACAAAUGGUCACCAGGGUGAGAAUAGUGGCACAUGA